UGCAUCGUCGCCCCCGUGUCCGACUGUCCGUGCAACAUCUGAUGUUCUGUGUUCUCAGGAAAAGUUGGAGCGACUGAGGAUAUGGAUUAGCAUUCCCGUAAUUGUAUGGGUCAAGGAUCUACCACAACAACUUAAAGGUACCAUUUAAAGCUUUCUUCUGAAGUCAAGACAAAAGGCUUUGUCACAAAGACAUGGACUGCAAAGAGGACAUCAGUGACUCAGACAGUGGCAUCAUGCUACACUCUGGCUCAGACAGCCCCACGUCGCCCAUAAAGGACCUGACCACACACACACGGGCCAUGCGCCUCAAGCACCAGUCACUGGAGGAGCGGCUAGGGCUGUGUCUGCUCGAGCUUAGGAAGCUGUGCAUACGGGAGGCGGAGCUGACGGGCAAGCUGUCUCCUGACUACCCUCUGACCCCUGACGAGAAGCCCCCGCACAUCCGCCGGCGGAUCGGAGCUGCAUUCAAACUGGACGAGGGGCUCAUUCACCAGGACGGAGAGGAGUCGGUGCUCAGCUCUCUGGAGGCUGAGCUGUCCCUGCAGAGGCAGAUCUGUGAGGCAGCACGGCGUCUCUCGCUGGAGGAGCACCUGAGCAAGCCGGUGAGGAAGAGCCGUCAGCAGCAGUGCAAACGCGAGGAGAGGAAGAUGAGGGCGCUGCAGGAGGCGGUCUUCCAGCACCGCAUACGCCACGGCUGCGCAUCGCCACAGAUGUGCCACGCCAAACAGAGAGACUUGAGCAUUUCCGAUGAUAGUUCACUUUCUGAUGCUGCCGCUAUGGAUGAUGAGAACGACUUCAGCCCGUCACUGGCCCCGAGCUCCACCGAGUCGCCCCCACCGCCCUCCCUGAGUCCGUCGCCCUCGCCGUAUCCCUCGGUCGGUUCCCAGAGUGCCUCCGUCAGCGUGAGCAGCUCCACCUCCAGCCUGGACUACCAGCGCUGCCCCAUCCAGAACUCGCCCUGGAGGGAGUCCAGCCUGGACCAGCCCUACCAGAAGAACAAGAAGACACCCUCGGCCAGCAGCAGCCGGUCCAGCAGUCCCACUGGUAUCCCUGUCCAGGCUGGCGUGGACCUGCGUCUGGCCGAGCUGCCGCCACCCAUGCAGCUGGCCUCCAUGAGGAGCCUGGCACUGCUGCCCACUGUGUCCAGCAGCGCCCCCUCUACCCCAGAGCUGCCCGUACGCCGCCAGCUCUCACAGUCCUUCAGGCUUCCCAAGAGCAAGCCUGAUUUCGGAAAGUUCAGCUCAGACCAGGGUCGUGGGCGAGUGAGGGUGCCACGGCGACGUGUUGGCGAGCUGGCCGUGACCUCACCGGAAUACUCGCCUCGCCGCCUUGUGUGCCAGUCGAGCUCCGAGGACAGCAGCUCAGAGCACUCCGUGCCAUCAUACGCUGGCUCACCCUGCCGUGACGACUUGGCGAAGUCCGGGAAAGCCAUCCCGCCGCCGUAUGGGUACCACCUGAAUUCACAGCACAAGGGGAAUGCCACCCCUGCGGAAGCGCACAGCUACCAGAACAACGGGCACCAUCCACCAAUUAACAAUGGCCAGCACCCGGUGAUUAACAAUGGCCAGCACCCGGCGAUUAACAAUGGCCAGCACCCGGCGAUUAACAAUGGUCAGCACCCGGCAAUUCACAAUGGCCAGUACCUGGCAAAUAACAAUGGCCAGCUCCCAGCGACUAAAAAUGGCCAGCACCUAGCGACUAUCAAUUGCCAGCUCCCAGCGACUAAAAAUGGCCAGCACCUAGCGACUAACAAUUGCCAGCUCCCAGCGGCAAACAACGGCCAGCACCCGGCGACUAACAACGGGCACCACCCAGCGACUAACAAUGGCCAGCUCCCAGAGACUACAAAUAGCCAGCUCCCAGUAACUAAAACUAGCCAGCACCCAGCGACUAACAACGGACACCACCUGGCAGCUAACAAUGAGCACCACCCAGCAGCUAACAGUGAGACAAACAACACCAACAGGAACAACCAACACCAACCAGGGACUAACAAUGAAGUUCACAUCAAAAAGAUCAACCAGCAACAUCUGACUUCAAACAGGGAUGCCCAUGUGUAUAAGAACAACAUCAGCCAGCAGCAUCCAACUCCAAGCAUCCCCAGGGCUGUGCCGAAGGAAGGGUCUGCUCUCGAAGUGGAGAUGGACAAACUACGUGUAGACCCUUCUUCACCUGCCAGACCUGUCUCCCAAAACAACAGUUACCCCAAGGACGUCCCCUCACCCAAAAGAGUGGUCAAGCCACCCCCGCCCCCGUACGCCCGACUGGUGCGCACCCCCUCGCUGAAGGAGUACCCCACCCAUCUCACCCGGCGGCUGUUGCCACGGGAGAUUGUGUGUGAAGAGCUGAAGACGUGGCAUCAGCGCAACAAUAGCCUCAGAGGACCACAGCCACGUCCACUUGAAAGACAGGGCUCGCUUCGCGUGAAGCCAUCACCCAGUCAGGAGCCGCCAGCUUAUCGCCAGGCCUACACACAGAAACAGGCGCCGCAGAUACUCAUCCUUCAGAGGGCGCCAGACGGCACUCCCCUGCAGUGGUUCGAGGAGGAGGAUGCUGAGAUUGUGAGUCAGGUUUAAGCCCAGUGGGUCCGAACUGGCGCAUGGUGCCCACGACCCGCUACCCUCGUACAAACACACGACCAGAGACUGUUAUUUAUUUAACGUUUGGUUUGAAUGAGUCAGGUGGACUCCAGUAUACCCUCUGGAGUAUGAAGUGUGAUUACACUGACUGGUAUUGAGUCAUUGAUUUAAAUGGCAUUUCUGCACAAACAACCAAUAUUUAUGAAUUGACAUAUCUUAAAUUUUAAAGUCUGAGACUUCAUUGUAAGGCUUACUGCCAAUUUAUUUAUUUUGGAUAUAUUUAUACCCUACCACAAAAGAUUUGUUCACCAGGCUUUUUUUUGCUACCAUUCUAUUAAGUUUUUACAGAGUUUAAGAAUACUAAUUCACGAGUCCCCUUGUGUCUGGAACACUUUUCUGUAGAAAGCCUGGUAUUAUCUUAGAUAUGUCCUAUCCUUUGGCUGCCUCUUAAUUAUUUAAUCAGGUAUUUAAUUGCUGCAGAUAUUUAGUCAAAUUUAUUUAAUACCAAUUAUUUAAUGCUUUUGUGUUUGUUAGACGCUGCUAUUGAUUGUAUUUCUGUGCAUCAUACAGUAAGCAUAAGGUUUUGAAAGUACUGCGUGGAUAUAAUGGAAAGCACAAAUAGAUGUACUUUCAAUUUCAAAGCACACUGUAUCUGUCACCUACUCCCCUUCAUUACAUAAUACUGUAUUUUACUAACCACGUAGUAUGAAAUUACUGUUUGUAUGUUUAUAAUAAAAUUAUAUGGUCAGUA